UUCUCGAAUAUGACGACAGUAAGGUGCCAAGUUAAUUUUUCGUCAGCCAAUGCACUGGGGGUAUUCAAAGGAUAGUAACUGAGUGUGGAUAGUUGCUUUACUCUGCAAUAUGUCGCAGCCAUUAUUCUUCCUUUUGAUGUUGGUGCUCUAUCUUCUGAGUUCGUUUGCGCCUGUAAACGCUAUUGCAAUCCAAAAACAUUCAGCGAAAAGCUCGCUCACUGAAGACAUCGAGAAAUCAUCAGAACCUAGAGGUCCAAACAGAGCGUCUUCCCUGUCUCAAGAAGAUUCUUCCAGUGCCUCUCAAAAUAAGAAUAAUGUGUCAGAACAAAGAUUUCAGCCAGAGAAAGUUCAAGAUAAAGCCGGUGAGCACGCCUGCCGAAAAGUGGAUAGGAUGAUCAACUCUGUAGACGUUGGCAUCUUGCAUCCUUCCAGCUUCAAUGCUUAUCAGUGCGUUGGGAAAUGCAACAUAAAGCAACUUCAACAUUUCAACAACUAUGCACGGAUAAUGGUGACUCUCAACAGAAAGAAUAAAGUAAAUUCGACAGAUGGCAUGGUCACCUGUUGUGUGCCAGUCAAACUGCGGCCAAUUAGAUUAUUAUUUUGGAAAAAGCAGCAAUUAAUAUUACGUUCCUUUGAAGAUAUGGUUGUCGAAGAAUGCGGGUGUUACCAAACAUUCCAAUAAGGCAAACGCGACAACAUUUUUCGGUUGUUAAAUUAAGGAAGCUUUAUGCUAGAUAAGAGCUUUAUUUUGCAGCAGAGUAGUUUAAAUCAAAGGUUCGACAGUGUUAUUUACCUUCAGUUGCUAAUCCAAUAUGACUUUCUGUCAACUUAGUUGUUAUUUUGAAUUAGGCGCUGGAAGAACUUUUAUUGCAUACAGCUGACAGAGGCAAAGCUAAGAGUUUUGUGAGGUUUAUAAAUAAUCUUUUUGAUUAUGGAG